UCCGGUUCUGAGCAUUGUAAGCGUUUUGUUGGGCAUUCAAACCCAUUCCUAUUCUUGUUUUCAUUCCCUCUUACGACUUGGUUUGAAAAACGGAAUGACAAAUGAAAGUGGAUUUAUUUGUGUUCUAUGAUUUGUACUCUAACCUCUAAAUCAGCAAUUUUCGAAAACAAAGAAGGCUUUUUAAAGUUUUUGCCAAUUCACAAUGAAUCGAAAACCUCUAAACGGCGAAAUCAUCAAAACGGAUGAUGGUCAAUAUAUUCGGUACAAUACACAAAUAGGCGGCUAUGAACUUCUGGAAGGUGUUUUUGUCGAUCAGCUGAAUCAUACCCUAUCUACAGAACAGCCUGCAAAUCCUGUAGACAUUAGUACAGCUAAUCUAGAUGAAGAUGCGCUUGUAGAAGAUGAGCUUGUAGAAGAUGAACUUGUAGAAGAUGCCUCUUGUGCAAAUAUGUUGAAGAAAAGACGGUUGUGGGAUUUAAGUACAACUCUACUUAUGAUGGAUGAAUGUACCACUUUCAAAAUGGAGUUAGUAGAUCCAAAAAUAAAAAACACUGCAAUUUAUAAAAAUAUCUCAAAGAAAAUGGUAGAACAUGGACACAACUUUACACCAGAACAAAUACAGAACCGAAUGAAGACAUUGAUAAAUAAAUAUAAAGAGGUUAGAGAUCACAAUAAUAAAAGUGGUAAUUCUUUCAAAGAUUGGGAGUACUAUGAAAUAAUGGAAAAUUAUAUGGGACAAACUCCAAAUAUAACCCCCAUAGCUUCCUGCUCUAGUUUGGGAAUAAACAUUAUCAAUGCUAUACAUUCUAAAAUACCAAUGACUGGGAAAAAUAAACGUCAGAGCUCUGAUUCUGAAGAAGGCUCCUCUUCGACAAUAUCUAAACGUUAUCCAUUACAUUCCAGAAAUAACUCUGAUGUUAGUACCAAGAAUGGGGCAAGUGAUGAAUCCCCUAAUCGUUCCAAAAGAUUUCGUACUAGCCCCAGAGUUGAAAUGGUUGCAUUCUUGAAAGACUACAAAGAGGAUAUGAAAAAAAGAGACGCCGAAAGGAUGAAAAUGAUGCAGCAGCAUCAUGAGGAAAACAAAGAAAUGGUCUCUGAACUGAUAUCAAUGCUCAAGGAAACCAAACAAGAAUAACAUGAAAAAGUUGUUAAAAUGAUUUGUGUUUUAAGAUGGAAUGUCUGUUUUUUUAUUUUCGUUCUAGUUUUCUUUUAUUCUGAAUAGGAUAUAUGUUUCGUUAUAUUACAAUAGAAAUGAGUUAUUUUGAUUUAGAAAUUAUGGUUGUGAAAAAAAGUUUAAUUUUUGUGAAAGAUAAUUAAACACUUUUGAUUAA